UCCUCCUGCUGCCGCUGCCGUGCCCGCUGGAUGCUGCGGGGCUCGGGCGGGAUGCGGGGCUCGGGGCUGCGCGGGGCCGUGCCGCUGCUGGGCUGCCUGCUGGCCGCGGCGUCCAGCACGCGGCCAGAGUGCAGCAUCAUGCAGGAGAUCGAGGAGGAGCGCAGCCAGUGCCUGGCAGAGCUGACCUGGGACAACCAGACCUCAGGCUGCAGGAGGCAGUGGGACAACAUCACGUGCUGGCCUGAAUCAGAGGUGGGAGAAGUCGUGGUACGGCCAUGCCCCAAGUACUUCAGAUUCCUGACCUCCUACCUGGGGAAUGUGACCAGGAAUUGUACAAGCCAGGGCUGGUCAGAUGUGUACCCUGCACCCUACACUGUAGCCUGUGGAUAUGAUUCCAACAGCACUCCAGGGGAAGAGCAAACGGCGUUCUACGGAACGGUCAAGACUGGCUACACCAUCGGACACACCCUGUCCCUCAUCGCCCUCACAGCUGCCAUGAUCAUCCUGUGUCUCUUCAGAAAACUACACUGUACUCGAAAUUACAUUCACAUGCACCUCUUCAUGUCCUUCAUCAUGAGAGCCAUCGCAGUCUUCAUCAAGGAUGUCAUCCUGUUUGAAAGUGGGGAGCCUGAGCACUGCUUUGUGAGUUCAGUGGGCUGCAAGGCCAUGAUGGUUUUCUUCCAGUACUGUGUCAUGGCCAACUUCUUCUGGUUGCUGGUGGAGGGGUUGUACCUUCACACCCUGCUGGUCAUCUCCUUCUUCUCGGAGAGGAAAUACUUCUGGUGGUACAUCCUGAUCGGCUGGGGUGCCCCCUCCGUGUUCAUCACUGCCUGGACAAUUGUCAGGAUUUACUUUUUCGAUGUUGGGUGCUGGGAGGAAAUAGUGGAAUCCCCAUUCUGGUGGAUCAUUAAAACUCCUAUUUUGGUGUCUAUUUUGGUGAACUUCAUCCUCUUCAUCUGCAUCAUCCGUAUCUUAGUCCAGAAGCUGCAUUCCCCAGAUGUUGGGCACAACGAAACCAGCCAAUAUUCGAGGCUGGCCAAGUCCACUCUGCUGCUGAUCCCUCUCUUUGGCAUUCACUACAUCAUGUUUGCCUUCUUCCCUGACAAUUUCAAAGCAGAAGUGAAGCUGGUCUUUGAGCUCGUGGUGGGGUCGUUCCAGGGGUUUGUGGUGGCUGUUCUGUACUGCUUUCUCAAUGGAGAGGUGCAAGCUGAGCUCAAGAGGAAGUGGCGGAGGUGGCACCUGGAGCGGUUCCUGGGCUCGGACAUGAAGUACCACCACCCUUCCCUGGGCAGCAACGGCACCAACUUCAGCACCCAGAUCUCCAUGCUGACCAAGUGCUCGCCAAAGACGCGCCGCUGCUCCGGCUUCCAGGCCGAGUUCUCCCUGGUGUGAGAGGCUCCCCAGGCACUGAGCAUCCCAAACUGAGACAUGAGGAUCCCCGGAAAUCAGUGAUCCCAUGACAAACCCCUGUGAAAUGCCCUGCUCCACAUGAGCCAACGGAGGACACACAACUGGAAAAGCCGCUGGCAUCCAGGAUGAGAUCGGACGUGCCAAGAGGCAGAGGAACACUUUUGCUCUUCCUCUUUUCAGGCCUUUCACUCUUCAGUUUCAAGCCCUCAGGAAUUGAUAACUCUGAGGAAUUGUCCAACUUGCUUGAGGACAGCUUGGGAGAUGCUGGUGUGUCAUAAAUAAUUAAGUACUGGGGUAAGGGAGGGAGAGCCUCAGUCCUUGGUGGCUUUACCAGAACUGGCAUCUCUCCAACAGACAAAUUGCACUUUUUAAAAAAAAAAUGAGCCAGUAAGAAGAGACAGAGGCAGGAAGCAGGAAAAAAAAAACACCAAACAUAUGAAUGUGCCAAAAUUCCUGUGGAUAAGAGGUGAUGAUACAGCACCAAAGAUGGUGCUGGGGACAUGGGGAGAAGGGACAGGAGGAACAUGAGCAGGAAGGGAGAGGCCAGCACAUGGCCCCCACGUUUUACACAGGUGGAGGUGAAGCUGCAGCACCAGGAGAGCCCCUCAGAGGAUGCCCCAGUGUGUUCUGCUAUUUCCCCACCACCCUUGGGAGCAGAAGCUUUCCAG